AUGAGGUCUCCAAGAUUGGUGAUAGUGGUGCUCAGCAUACUGCAGCUGUUCCAGUGUACAAAGGAGGUGGGAGCGGCUGGACCUGCUAAUCUGAUUCUGUAUGCUCACGAGAGCAGAGUCCCGCCCACACAAACCUUGAUCGGGUCAGCUGCACCCAACGGGAACUUGACAGAUGAGCAGUUCGGGCUCAUCAAAACUGUGAGCAAUGUGUUGCGCGCAGGUAAAAAUAACGACUCCAUGGUCGUAGGAUCUCAGGUGGGAAUUGUUGUUUUGGGCAAGGACGUGCUCAACAUUUACAUUAGCUACACUUAUUUUCUGAACAACGACUCUGGUUUCGGUGGUAGUACCAUUGCUGUUCAUGGCCAUAUCGAUGCAACAUCGAUGGGAAACCGAGUCUUCGCCGUUGUGGGUGGAACUGGUCAGUUUCUCUCAGUCACUGGACAAGAUACGUCUCCCUUUGACGCAUAUGUUAUAGAUGACUCACACACCGUCAACACCCACACCCUCGAGCUUCGAUAUCCAUCCUACUAG